AUGCAGCCACUCGACCAGGAGGAAGUGCGAAUUGACGAAGCCAGAUUUAUCAACGUUCUCGAGGCGCACGCUAACCUGGUAGCCUCUGCGUCAAGUUCAGCCGAUGAUGCCGAGUUGGAGAUCGAAAUGUACGAAAACGUCAAACGGUACCUUACACGCCUUGGCAAGCGUAUGGCUGAGGAUCCAGAGGACCGUCCCAUUUUUGUCAAAAAUGGGUUCUUCAGAAUGGUGAUCAGGUCGCUUGCUAGCUAUUAUCCUACUUUUGAACGGGCUCAAGCUGCUCGUCCUUCGCCAUCGGCAGACGGAGAUGAGGCAGCGUGGAGGACAGAAACGGAGAAGAAAGACGACCUCUACCACCGCAUCUCGAUAGUGAUGAUGCUCUGUAUGCGUCUAUUGCGAAAUGUCAUGGCAGACAACCCCGAAGCGCAGAUAGAGGUCUGCCAAAAAUUUGAUCGCCUGUUGCCCUUCUUUGUCAACAUCACACGCUUCCACAAUCUGAAUGACCCCGACAUGGUACCACUCUGUUGCACAGGUGUACAGAUGCUAUCCAACCUCAUCACUAAGAACAGCAUCGUACAGGAUGAAAUGUGGCCGCGCAUUGUCACUACCGAUAAGGACGAGGAGAAGCUCGUCCUCAAGUUCCUUUCGUCUGCCCACACAGCAACGUCGAGUGCAGCCCAGGUUCUCCUUAUCAACUUCUUACGCGCCCCCGACUCAAACGGCAGCACCUAUCGACGGUGCUACGAGCUGUGCACCAGUCCUCAAGGUUUACAAAUUCUGCAUUCGCUCUUGAGCUCGUCGCAAAGCAUCAUGCUUCGUAUUGGUGAGCAACUCAAAAACCAACCCGAGUUCGAUGCCGAGUGGGAAGGCUUGGAGGACUCGCUCGGCUUUAUCUGGACUAUCUUCUCGGUACUGUUCGAUCAGGGCUACAGCUCGCUGCUCGUCUCUGCCCUAGCACCAAUGGAUGCGAUCUCAUCGUUAUCCAACCCUAUGGACGAACAGCUGAUUACAAAUUCCCAAGUGAUCCUGCUAAAGUGUAUCGACCUUUGGUUGCAUGCCUACCAUCUCGACACUCGGUCCUGUUGGUCUGAAGGAUCAAUUGGAACUUUUGCGCCAAAGCUGAACCUUGACUUGAAUGCAAACGAGGACGCGGUAAAGGGAGGCGGACUAUCGGGGCUUGUGGACCAUUUCAUGCGUCUCUCUGCCUUUGCCCGCGGUGCGAUGGCCAGAGGGAUUGCAAAGGAAGCAACGCCAGAGGAAAAUCAGCCUCAAGAUAGACGAUUGAUCGCAGUCCACGCUGCAUUGCUGCUGUUGCUGGAGUGCUUCAUGUCGAUCAACAUGUCUGCUGAUGGCUGGAGUGAUGGCGCUCUCGAGCAAGAAGGAGAACAGAGCUUUGCGAAUCUCUCACGCACUCUCUUGUCGGAGAUGAGAGGGAACGAAGCAUUUGUAGAAGAGUUGGUCGCACUCUUAGAUCAGACGCACAAGUAUGCGCCGGCGCUUUCGCCGUUCCGUCCGGACAAGGAGGCUAACGGGACAUCAAGCAAUAGUUCUGCGCACAAGGGACGCAGGCCGUUGCCACAAGGCCACGCAUAUUCAUCGACAGGAAAGGCAGCACAAGAGGGCAAGGACAAGCAACCAGCGUAUGGCUUCGAUCAUCUCAAGCGAGACAUCGUGCGCGUUCUGGCAUCUUUGGUGUACGCCCCGACGGGCAACUACAGAGCUUGGGGGAAGCCAAGCAAAACAUUCGAGUCCCCGCUCACUAAAACCCAGAUCCGUCAAGUUCAGGAUCUGGUCCGAGAGAAAGGAGGUCUCUUCCACGUUCUCAAUAUGACUGUUCUAGAUGAGCGCAACCCUUACAUGCGAGAACAUGCCAUCUUCGCACUGCGAUACUUGCUCGCCGGCAAUCAAGAGUCGCAAAACCUGGUCGCCUCACUACAGCCGACACAAUCGCAAAAUCCAAACGGAGGAAUGCAAUUACCCAUGGUGUAA